AUGGCUCCUACUCCUUCCAUCCCACGCGAUCCGGAGAGGGCAAGGGUAGAACGCCUGAGGCCUAACUCCUUCGAGCUGUCCGGCUCAGUCUUUCUUAUCGCUGGGGAUGGAAAAAUUGUCAAGCUUCCGAUCCCCUCUGAGAACCCUCAUGAUCCACUCAAUUGGAGCUGGAGGAAGCGCGGGUUAUCUCUGCUCUCAGCCGGCUUGUUUGCCUACAUCGGGACUGUCCUCACGCAAGGCGCUAGCUUGGCUCUGAAAGGCCUCGAGGCCUCGUUCCCACUAAAGCAGAUGUUUCCGUUCACGAUCGAAACUUUGGUUACCGCCCCUACAGUACUAAUGGGUCUGGGCGCUUUCCUGUGGAUUCCGUUGACGUUUGCUCUCGGUCGGCGGCCCGUAUUUAUCAUUGCAGCCUUUCUACAAGUUGCUGCAGCACUGGGCGCAUCGGCCUCAAAGAGCUAUUACGAGCUCUUAGCAUGCGUGUCAUUGCUUGGAUUUGCCGAUGGUUUUGGCCUCAGUGUUUUGUUUCUAAUCGUCAUCGACGUAACCUUUAUUCACCAGCGGCCCAGGGCUAUUGCUGCAGUCUGGUCAACGGUUGGGGGUUAUGGCGUCAUUUCCCUUUCAUGCGUUCCACCUUUGACAAAUCAUGGAACUCAGUGGCGCCGCUUUUAUAUAUACUGGUCCAUACCCGCUGCCAUUACCUUCGUCAUGGCUCUUCUCGUCUUCCCCGAGACAUACUUCAAGAGGCCGACUGUGGCCUAUAAUGGCCUCACCAUUCAGCAAACCGCCUCGGAGAGAAUCAUCAUCUACGAGGACGACAACAUCAACCAGAGCGAUGAUUGGUCUAACAAAGGACUUCCCCACACUCCUUCUCGAUCCUGGAUACGCGCAUUCGUAGACCAAUACUUCUUCUCUCGAAGCACAACAACGUCCUGGAUGUCCAUGCUCUAUUGCUACCCCCAAAUCUUUUUCUGUUCCCUGAACCCUCUUAUCUUUUGGGUUGUGAUCAUGACGGCCGUAAAUUUUGCUGGCAUGAUGUUCAUUGGCGCAACAUUUCCCAUAAUCCUAACCUCACCUCCGUACUCGCUCAAAUCCUCUAUCGUCAUGGUCAGCAAUUCGGCUGGUAUCGGUGGGCUCCUUGCAUGGCCUUCCGUGGAAUUCCUUUCCUGCUUCGUUUUGAAGAAUUUGGCACGAAGAAAUAAGGGAAUUCGAGAGGCCGAACACUACCUCGUCUGCUACAUCCUACCGGUUGUCACAGGCUCUCUCAGCACCCUCAUUUAUGGGCUCGCAGUUAGCAGGCAGUGGAGCUUUCCAAUUUAUUGCAUUGCUUAUGGCUUUAAUGGGUUUAGCUUCGCAUCUCUUGCAAUCGCUAACACCCUAUGGGUUACAGAAGCAUUCCCCCGAUGGGCUGCACCGGCACUUGUUGUUGUAGGUGGUGGAAGCUAUGUUGCCAGUUUCUUAAUCAGCCUCGCGCUCGUCCCCUGGAUUGCAACUCAAGGGUAUCUCAUUGUCGGUAUCGAGUUGGCCGGUCUUCAGAUUGUCUCGGGUCUCAUUCUUACACCAAUUGCCUUCUGGGGAAAGGAUCUACGGCAAAAGAUUCACGGGAGGUGGGCAGAGCGGAGGGACGGUGCUUUGAGGCCCUUGUAGCGGUGCUUCCGGUGUCUCAGUUGGUGUAAAGAAAAGAUAGGCCGACUUUUCCCACAUUCUCGACCCUCCUCCCGUUCCCCCAUUGCGUGCCUUCCAUCCAUCCCCCAGUCCGCCAUACAGCCAAUAGAGGAAGGCUGUGGUUGUACUGCGUUGGGGCGAACAGUUGCGGUAUCUAGCCCUACGCCAAAAUAAGA